AUGGAAGACGAUUCCAUUACACCUAUCCCUAAUCCUGUUGUGCAGCAACAGGUAUUUCUUUUGCAACGUGAUGGCUCUUCAGAAAGUACGCAAAGACAAGCGCUCGAGAAACUCUUGCAUAAUAUCGACCAGGAUGAAAUGGCUCCGUAUUUAACGUUCUUGCUGAGUGACGCGCGCAUAGCCGCACAUUUACCACAGAAUGAAGAUCGUUUGCAGGAGUUACGCGCGAAAAAUGAAAAUGAACUUGCGCGAUUGGAAGCCUUGCAGAAACAAGCAGAAGAUAGCGAGGGCGACGUGGAAUUGCAUACCGUGUUGAAGCAGCGCGCCAUGUAUCUGGCGCGAAUUGGAGACAAAGAUGGUGCACUCCCUGCUAUUGAUGAAGCUUUCGCAAAGGCCACCGGAACAGGAUCCAGAAUUGACCUGACCCUGCUCAAGAUCCGCCUAGGCCUCUUCUAUGGCGACACAGACCUCACACAAGCUAGCAUGACCAUUGCUGCGUCUUUAAUCGAAGAGGGUGGUGACUGGGAUCGCCGAAAUCGACUGACCGCAUACCGCGGCGUUUAUGCAGCAUCCAUUCGUGAUUUUGAGACUGCUUCCAAGCUAUGCACAGAAGCACUUAGCACGUUUACCGCUACAGAACUGAUCGAGUAUCUUGAAUUUGUCCUUUUGACGAUUCUUACAAGUAUGGUGUCACGUUCACGCCGUGAACUGAAGAAACUCAUGGAGUCACCUGAGGUCCUACAGGCGAUUGAUGAUUUGCCAUUUAUGCGUGAAUACACAUCAGCACUCUACAACAGUGAGUAUGCCCUAUUCUUCCGCACACUUGCCGAAAUCGAACAAAGGUACCUGCUUCCCUCGCGUGUGUUAUCGCGCCACACGCAGUACUAUGUUCGAGAGAUGCGGAUUAUUUCGUUCUCGCAACUUCUCGAGAGUUAUCGGAGCGUUGCACUCGAUAGCAUGGCCGCUGCCUUUGGUGUUUCGUCUGACUAUAUGGACCAAGAACUCUCACGCUUUAUUUCCGCGGGUCGCUUGCCAGCUGUGAUUGACAAAGUUGAUGGUAUAAUUGAAAAUCGCCGGCCCGACCAGAAAAAUGCUCAGUAUGGCCGCAUCAUCAAGGAGGGGGAUGUACUCCUCAACUCACUCCAAAAGCUCUCUCGAACAGCGUUGUAA